GUGUGUACACACAGCUCCUGCUUGGAGUAAACUCUGUGGUGGAAUUCUCACCGACGGAGACAUUUCAGCUGCCCAAGAAGCUCCUUUUCAUUCAGGCUCUGAAAAAUGUCAUCGCACAGUGUUUGAGAAGUCCGGGGGUGGUUAUUCAGCCCCCUUGCUCUCCCUGAGCACCACAGUGAGCAAGUGUGUGAAGGCUGGCACACUUAGUGGCAGUGUUCCAGAGCAGCAUUGUUAAACUGGAGUUUUUUGCCUGUGAGCUCUCAUAAAGCUGAUGUUUGGCCAUUCGGUUGCCUUCCUUCUAUUUAUGCAGAUGACCAUGCUGAUCUGUCUUUUCAGACAGGCCUGAGAGGGGCCCUUCAGAGCUACAGCUGGAAAAUGCUGCUGAAAUCCAGGAGUUCUCUGCCUGUCUCCCUGCCUGAAAGAAAAAGCAGCAUGUUCACCGUGAGGAGACUUUGCAGCACUUCGCACUCAUCAGUGGAUUCAAAGGAAAUGAAGAAAUUCCAGCUCCUCGCACAUAAGUGGUGGGAUGAAGAAGGAGAAUUCUCAGCCCUUCAUUCUAUGAAUGAUAUUAGAGUGCCAUUUAUCAGAGAUUCUCUGUUGAACAUGAGUAGUGAUUACCAUCUGGGAAAUCCACUUGCUGGAGUAAAGAUUCUCGAUGUUGGCUGUGGCGGGGGACUGCUAAGUGAGCCUCUGGGUAGACUGGGAGCUUCAGUUACUGGAAUUGAUCCUCUGGAGGACAACAUUAGAACAGCAGAUCAGCACAAGUCAUUUGAUCCGGUCCUGGCCAAGAGGAUACAGUACAAGUCCAGUUCACUGGAGGAGAUUGUGGAAGAGUUCAUGGAAACCUUUGAUGUAAUCGUAGCUUCUGAAGUAGUGGAGCAUGUGGCUGACCUUGAAACGUUUAUCAAGUGUUGCUCUCAGGUGUUAAAGCCUGAAGGUUCUUUAUUCAUUACUACAAUCAAUAAAACACAGUUGUCCUAUGUCCUGGGAAUUGUGGUUGCAGAAAAGAUACUGGGCAUUGUACCGGAAGGAACACACGAGUGGGAGAAGUUUGUUCCCCCCGAGGAGCUGGAGCGCCUCCUGGAAGCAAAUGGCUUUUCAGUCAAGGCUGUGAACGGGAUGUUGUACAACCCCCUCUCGGGGUCGUGGAGCUGGAUGGAAAGCACGAGUGUCAACUAUGCAUUGCACGCUGUGAAAUCUGGGGCUCAGGGGGAGUCCAGCCCCACGGACACCCCGUCAGAGAUGGAAGGUGAACAGCCCUCAGCCACUGCUGCCCCGUGACUGUCUGAGCUGGGUGGUGACAGGCUGCCACCAGGAACAAAAGAGAAGGUUUUACCCAGAUGGACAUAAUAAAACCUUUUUUAACAACAAGCUUGCUCUUUGCAUUAAUAAUGCUUAUGCUGUUUUUGGCCAAAUAUUUUAGGGCAGUCUCAGAAGAAAACAAGUGCCCUUGAUCUCAGGAAUCAUGUAAGAUUGAAAUGAGCAAAGCUUUGAAAGAGUUAAGUAUUCUUGUAAAAACAGUAGUUUCAAAUUGUUGGACAGGGAAAUGCAAAUUAUUCUGUCAGUAGCUUGGAGGAAGCUCUUGAACGUGAUGGCAUUUUCAGUCCUAAGAAGAAAAUUCAGAUCUCUACAGAAUAAUAGCUUAAAGGUAAAAUGAGUUUAAAAACCACAGUAGUGUAUGAUAAAUAAAAUGCCUUAGAUAUUUAAGUUACUGAACCAAGUCAGUUAAAAUAUACAAAACACUUAAAAACCACAAACACUUGUUUCUAUGUUGUGCCUUCUCCCUGAGAGGAGGAAAAAAAAUAAAUAAAUAGAGAGCAGCAAACUUUUUCUGCCGGGUCAUGCUGUUCCUACAGUUGACAAGAGCUGACUCUGCAGGGGGCAAAGAAGAGUCUCCUCGACCAGAGCACCUCAGCUGUCAGAAGUCUGUUCACCAAAAAAGGUACCUCUAUUUGUGCCUGUUAUUUCAGCUUUCUCUCUCUACCCAUAUAAAGGGAAGUAAAGUUGCAGGUAAAAUUUUACUAAGCAACCAGAGCUUUAUGCUAUUAAAAGUGUACGUCAGCAGUCUGUCCUAGAGUUGAAGUGCCUACUCAGGCUUAAGUCCUAGUGGUGCCAGGUUAAAGAAAAGGGUUGAUCUGCAAUGAAAUGGGACUUUCUAAAUAAAAUGUCUUGUGUGUA